AUGGACUACUCGUCCACUAACGCCGAUGAUAUUAACCGUUCGAUCGAAAGUGACCCGUAUUGCAAGUACAUAAAAUCCAGUUCUGCACCGACGAGCCCGUGUGCCGACAUGGAAUACCUUAAUCUAUGGGAUCCACUAUUCAACCAUAAAAAACAAUAUCAUGUCGACUGGACGAACACGGACCUUAAUUACAACAGCUUGCCGGUGCACAAAGAGAAA